UCCGGCCCGCACGUGUAAACUGACAGAGCCGGCUAUGAGGUGCCACUACGAAGUUCUCGGGGUCCGCAGGGACUGCACGGAUGAGGAUCUGAAGAAGGCCUACCGGAAGCUGGCCCUACGCUGGCACCCGGAUAAGAACUUGGACAAUGCAGAGGAAGCUGCCGAGCAGUUUAAAUUAAUCCAGGCGGCCUAUGAUGUCAUUUUUGAUCCUCAGGAGCGAGCUUGGUAUGAUAAUCACAGAGAAGCCCUGCUGAAAGGAGGGGUGGAUGGGGAUUUCCAAGAUGACAGCCUGGACCUGCUCCAGUAUUUUACUGUAACUUGUUACUCUGGCUACGGAGAUGAUGAAGAGGGAUUCUAUUCGGUUUAUCGGCGUAUCUUUGAACUGAUCGUGAAAGAAGAAUUGGAUAAUAAAAUUGAUGGGGAAAUGGAGGAACAUCCACCCUUUGGAGACUCACAGAGUGACUAUGACACGGUAGUGCACCUUUUCUACGCUUAUUGGCAGAGCUUCUGCACAGUUAAGAACUUUGCUUGGAAAGAGGAGUAUGACACCCGGCAGGGGUCCAAUAGGUGGGAGAAACGGGCCAUGGAGAAGGAGAACAAGAAGGUCAGAGAUAAAGCUCGCAAGGAGAGGAAUGAGCUGGUCCGGGAGCUGGUGGCCUUUGUCAGGAAAAGGGACAAACGGGUCCAGGCCCAUCGCAAACUGGUGGAAGAGCAGAACGCAGAGAAAGCCAAGAAGGUGGAGGAGCUGCGCAGGCAGCAGAAACGGCAGCAGGCAAAGCUUGCAGAGCAGUACAAAGAGCAGAGCUGGAUGGCCAUGUCUGAACUGGAGAGAGAGCUGCAGCAAAUGGAAGCUCAGUAUGGGGAGCAGUUCGGGGACAGAUCUGAUGAUGACUCUGAAGAUGCUGAAGAGCAAAAAGAUGGUCAGAAUGGUAAAGCAAGUGAAGAAGGGGAAGAAGAGGUGCUGUAUGACGACCUUUAUUGUCCUGCUUGUGACAAAGUUUUCAAGACUGACAAAGCAAUGAAGAAUCAUGAGAAAUCAAAGAAGCAUCGGGAGAUGGUGGCCCUCCUGCGGCAGCAGCUGGAAGCAGAGGAAGAGGAGUUUAGUGGCUCGGUGGAAGAAGACAGUCAGGCCCAGAAUGGAGAUGAAGAAAUAGAGGAAACGCCAAAGCUUUCCAAAAAGCAAAAAAAGAAAAAACGGCAAAAAACAAAGAUGUGUAAUGACAGCGCUGAGGAGGAGCAGACUCAUGAUGACAAGCUGAACAUACACAGAGAGGAGAAUAACCCAGAAUUGGUUAGUGCAAGUGAACAGCAGAAUGGAGUUGCCCCAGACCCAGACUCUACUACCAAUGAGGCUGAGACACAGAUCGAAGACGCAAAACCGCUUUCCAAAAAGCAAAAAAAGAAAAAACAGCAAAAAACAAAGAUGUGUAAUGACAGCGCUGAGGAGGAGCAGACUCAUGAUGACAAGCUGAACAUACACAGAGAGGAAAAUAGCCCAGAAUUGGUUAGUGCAAGUGAACAGCAGAAUGGAGUUGCCCCAGACCCAGACUCUACUACCAAUGAGGCUGAGACACAGAUCGAAGACGCAAAACCAGCACCCAAACUGAAGGGUAAAAAAGCAAAAGAGAUGAAAAAAGCAGCCAAGCAAUCAGCGGCCCCUGUGCAAGACGAGCAGGAUGAGCCCCCCAUGCGAUGCAACACGUGUUCCUCAGAAUUUUCAACUCGAAACAAAUUGUUCAAUCACCUAAAGACUACCGGCCAUGCGCUGGCAACCCAUAACUCUGCGGCUACUAAUACAGCUCCAAACAGCAGGAGCAAAAAAGACAAACGUAAAAACAAAUAAAACUCUGGGUAAAAAAAAAAAAA